GACAUCCCAAUAGUAGAAAUAGGGGCACUCAAGGUGGAAACUGUGGUGGGUAUUCCACAGGUCAAUGUUGUCCUAUCCACUGCCCACGUGGUGUCUUUGGCUUCAAAUUUGUCUCUCAAUUGUGCAGUUGUGAGGUUGAACAUGAAGAACCCAACUUUAAAUGUGAACAUUUGGACAAAAGCUUCCAGCCCCCGCUGUUUCCUCCUGCAGUGGACCCUUAGUGUUGCCUUUCUCUUCUGUGUUGGGUUUAGUUUCCUCAUCCUUGUUGUGGAGGCCUUCCUUCACGCUUCUGAUUCAUCAGGAGGGACAACAUGGGCCAUGAGCCCUUCUGAAUGCAUUCACUAUGCUGUGAUGGUGGAUGCUGGAAGUAGUGGAAGUCGAGUGUAUUUAUAUUGCUGGCCAGAACAUUCUGGAGUCAGACACCAUCUUCUUGACAUUCGAGCCCUGAAGAAUCCUGAAACCAAGGAGCCAUUGCAUAAGAGACUUACUCCAGGAUUGUCAACAUAUGGCAGUGACCCAUCCAAGGCAAUGGAUUAUAUUUCACCUCUGUUGAAUUUUGCAAUGGAAAACAUUCCCAAAGAGAAGCAUCUUGAAACCUCUCUAUACAUUCUAGCUACAGCAGGAAUGCGCCUUCUUCCUCAGAAACAGCAAGAUGCCAUUUUUGAAGUUUUGAGAACAGAAAUCCCCAAAAAGUAUCCAUUUCAUUUCCCAAGCUCAAAUGUUGAAACUAUAGGAGGAAAGCAGGAGGGAUUCUUUCAAUGGCUUGCCAUUAAUUAUGCUAUGGGUACCCUUGGAAGAUUUGUUACUCGUGGUCCAAUAAAGCAGAGUCUUCGUCGGCCAACUGUUGGCAUUAUGGAUAUGGGAGGAGCAUCCAUGCAGAUUGCAUUUGAGGUCCCCCCAGAAGAACCCAGUGAAGAAGUUCUCCGUGAUAAUGACAAGGAAGCUCAGCUGAUGGAAGUGAACAUUGGAGCAUUUGAUGAUGACCCUACUCUCAUUUACCGUGUUUAUGUCACUACUUUCCUUGGUUUUGGUGCAAAUGAAAAGCUGGCUCACUAUCAAGAAGUGAUUGUUUCUCAAGCAUCAAAGAAAAAUGCCUCAGAGGUCCCUGGAACAUUAGAGUCAAAUCCAUUGCCAAGUGCUUGCCUUCCUAAAAACUUGCUGGAUUCUGUGGAUCUGCAAACAAGUGAAUUUCUUCCAGGCAAGCCUCCCAAGUCGACUGUGUACUUUCGGGGGCUAGGGAAUUUCACAGCCUGCCUGUUGAGCCUCAAAUCCCUCACUGGCUAUUCCAGAAGGGAACUGGAUUGUGCAGAAGGCUUGAAUCAAAAUACAGAAAAGAAUUCCAUCACUCCCAAGCCCAACUGUGAUUUUGCAUCACGCAUGCAUCCACCUCCCAUGCUUGAUGUGACUGCUGCCAAGUUCUAUGGCUUCUCUGAAUUUUGGUACUCCCUUGAUGAUGUACUCCAUCUUGGAGGACAGUAUGACUCACAACUGCUGAAAAAUACAAUGGAGAACUUCUGCUCAACAGACUGGAGCCACAUCUGGGCCCAGUUCAAAAACAACAGCUAUCCAUUGGCAGAUGAGCAUCGUAUGAGAUAUCAAUGCUUCAAAGCAGCUUGGAUUAUGACAGCCCUACAUGAAGGGAUGAAGUUUCCUUAUCAUUAUUCACAACUCUACACUAGUCCAUACACAAUUGAGGGGACCACUGUUGGCUGGCCUUUGGGCGCUCUUCUCCACAAGACGAGAUACUUCCCUGUCAGGGCAAUCAAUCAGCUGGAGCAGGCGAACCAUCACAUUCACACACAUGCCUUGAAUCCCUAUUGGUCAUUCCGGCUGCACAACUCCUUUCUCCUCCUCUGCAUCAUUCUUGUUGUCCUUGCAAUUGUGAUAUACAUAAGACGAUUGUUGGGUCGACCUAAGAAGGGACUCCUUCAUGUACCAUCUCAUUUCACACUAAUUGAUGAUGAAGACAGCAGAGUAGUUAUUCAGUCUUACUGACAUAGGCCCAUUUUAGGUUUUUCAAUUGACUCUUGCUCCCUUGAGGACCCCUUUUAUUUUUAUCUCCUUUUCUCAUGAUGCUUAAGUCCCAGUUAGUCAAUAUAGUCUGAUUCUCACUCUUUGAUUACCAGAAGCAUUUCCUCCCUUCCCCAAAUUUUGAGUUGAAUUGACUUUCUUCAUAUGAGGAAUUCAUUGUGCUGAUUUUUUAGCCUCAUGAGUCUUUGAGAGUUUUAGGUGUCCUUUAGGUCCCUUCUUUAUGUAUCUGUUUUGCAGAUAGGAAAAAACUGUGAUUAUUGUGAUUGUCUUUUUUUUCUUUUCUUCAGAUUGAAUUUGCUACUGCUUCCACAAUCAGAUGGCCUUAAUAGAUUAAUUAUGGAAAUUGUAUUUGAAGGUGCUUGCAGUUGCUUUUGAUUCUGCAUUAAUAUUUUAUUCAGUUCAAGAUCUGUGGUUACAUCAUACUGGCUCUUCAACAUGCUGUCUAGUUUAUGGAAUGAAAGAAGGUAAUUAUCUCCUCAAGCUAGUUUUAUGUACCUGUAUGUAUACCUGCCCAUGACAAUAAUGCAACUAGCUUGCAGCAUUGAGUGAUCUCCAGUCUCUUUACCAUUUUUCAUGCACAUAAAUUAAAUUUUGAUUUAUACCCUCAUAAAACAAAAGUGCCAGAAACCAUCAUGAGAUGUCACAAUUUAUGCAGACUGUUUAAAGGAAAAUGCCCCUGUAAUUGCAACCAGUUUUGUAAUUUCAGUGUAUGUCAGCUGGUUUGGCUAAUACCACAUCCAUCCCACGCUU